GUUCAACUUAUUGAAAAAUAUGGUACACCAGAAGGAGUUUGUAAUGCUUUAAAAUUAUGUCAUAAUGGAACGAACUCACUUGAACUCACUAUUAAUAGUAUUGAUGAAUUAGUUGAAAAUAAUAAACAACCGGUAAAGGUAUCUUCAAAACUUAACUCGGUAAUCAAUUCACUUGAAUGUUCAUUAUGCAAAUAUGUUGUUGGUUACAUUGAUAAUAUUAUUCAAAACAACAAAUCAGAAGCUGCUAUUGAAGCUGCAUUAGAAAAAGUUUGUCGUAUCUUACCAGCACCAAUAAAAGACAAAUGCGUUGAAUUUGUUGAUACUUAUGGACCAAUUCUUGUUCAACUUAUUGAAAAAUAUGGCACACCAGAUCAAGUUUGUAAUGCACUAAAAUUAUGUCAAAAGGGUACUCAAUUAGCCGGUUCAGUUUCUCAAAAAGUUGAUAAACCAAUUAAACGUGUAAAAGAUUCAGAUGAAUGUGUUUUAUGCAAAUAUAUUAUAUCCUACUUGAAUGUUCUUAUAGAAAAUAAUGUUACCGUGAAAGAACUUGAAAAAGCAUUGGAAUUAGUCUGUGUCAUAUUACCAGCUGAAUAUCAUAAACAAUGUAAGGCUUUUGUUCAAACAUAUGGACCUAUCCUAGUUGAACUUAUUGUUGAACUCGAUGAUCCAAAUGUUGUUUGUGAAUGGUUAACAUUAUGUUCAAAAUCAAACGAUAAAUUUAUUCAAAUUCCAGCAAUAAAAACUAAUAAAUUAAAAUCAUUACCGUGUAAUUUAUGUCAAUAUCUUGUUAAUUAUCUUGAUGCAAUUAUUCAAUCAAAUUCAACAGAAACAAAAUUUGAAGAAGCUUUAGAUCGUGCUUGUAAAAUUUUACCUUCAACAAAAUUACAAUCAGAUUGUAAAUUUUUAGUUCAUCUAUAUGGUGCAGAUUUAAUUAAAUUUCUUGUUGAAUUCGGUAAUCCAAAAACAGUUUGUCAAGCCAUCGCUUUAACAACUUGUUUAAUAUAUGCAUAUAAACAAGAAUGUGCUAUUGGUCCUGAAUAUUGGUGUAAGUCAUUUCAAAAUGCACAAGAUUGUGGUGCAUUACGUCAUUGUACUGAUACAAUAUGGCGUUAUGAUGAGAAACAUACCAAAAUUGAUACAUCAACAAAAUGUGAAUGGUGUGCACAGAUUCUUGAAAAUACACAUAAAGCUAUUCAAAAUGUAGCUAAUAAUGAAGAUUUAGUUAAAUCAACAUUAAUAAAUGGAUGUAAAUUAUUACCAUUAGAAGAUAUUUCAUCUAAAUGUAUAACUAUGAUUGAAAAUUAUGAAACAACAGUUGUCCUAUUGAUGAAACAUCAACGCUAUGAUAGAAUAUGCCAUUUAAUGAAUAUUUGUCAGAAUAGUGAUAUUAUUGAAUUAGAUAAAAAUAUAGAAAAAACUAAUGUUGAUACACAAUCUAAAAUGUUAUGUAAUGUAAUUGUUCGUGCUACACAAGAACUUCAUGGUAAUGAACAAAAAUCUAGAAGUGAAAUUCAAACCUAUUUGAAAAACGAUUGUCAAAAAUUAAGUAUUCCGGAACUUGUACAAAAAUGUGAAGGUUUAAUUGAACGAUAUGGUAAUGAAAUUUAUGCAUAUGUAGUCAGUCGUGUGGAAUUAUCAAAAAUUUGCGACUAUAUUGACGAUUUUGCUUUUCAAUCUGUUACAUCAGACAAUUGCGAAUUGUGUACAUUCGUUAUUUCAAUAGCUAAGCAAAUGCUGCAUAACAAACAUCCUCAAGACAAAGUACUUAUCUAUAUUGAUGAACAUAUAUGUUCACAUUUAACCGGUAUAGCAAAGAAAAAUUGUAAAGAUAUGGUAGAUACAAAUGGAAAAGAUUUAAUCACUAAUAUUCAAGAUGGAAUACAACCAAUGCUUCUAUGUACACAUUUUCAAUCUUGUCUUGAUAAAAUUAUUGAUAAAACAAGUCCAAUACAAAAAGAUGAAAUUCGUUCAUUUCUUAUGAAUAAUUUAUGUAGUAAACUUGGAUCACUAAAAAGUGCAUGUGAAGCAUUAAUAGAAAAAGAUAGUACUCAUCUUUUACAAGUACUUAUCAAUGAAAUAAAUGGUCAUGAUUUAUGUUAUAUGUUUGGUUUAUGUCAAAGACAAUCAUCUUUAAUUAAUGAAUUUGAUCUUGAAGAUGAUCCAAAUAAAUGUAAACGUUGUAUAACAGAUUUUACUCGACGAAAACAUAUUGCUGAAAAACUUGUUAAUCAUUCAUCUGAAUUUCUUCAUCAUCUUUGUGGACAAUUACCUCAACAAGAUGAUUGUACAAAAGCAGUUGACGAUUCAAUUAAUGAGCUUGUCACAUUUAUUCGAUCAUUGGACCCAAGAACAAUUUGUAUACAAUUAAAGAUGUGUGAUCAAAAUUCAAUAGAAAAUAUGAAAACAACGGCUAUUAUACCAUUGGAUAAUGCUAUUAAUGAAAAUAUUAUUGAAUAUAUAAAAAAUGAUGUUUGCACUAAACUUGGAUCAUUAUCUGUAUUGUGUAUUCAAUUGACAGAUUCCGAAGGAUUAAAUCUUCUUAGUCUCAUAAGUAAAACUAUUGAUCCACAUAGAAUAUGUUCAAUCAUUGAUGUAUGUCCAUCAAAUUCCGUAUUGAAAACUUGUCAUGAUAAAUGUCAAUGUUGUACAAAUAAAGUUGAAAUUUAUCAAAGAAAACUAUUGAAAUUUACACAAGCUAUUGUCGGAAGUACACGAAUAAUGUGUGAUCAUGUACCGGGUCGUGAUAUGGUAAGUUCAUUAAAGAUUAUUUUAGAUAAAAAUAA